CUGGCAUCUCUAUGAAGUUGAAUAACUGAACAAACCUAUUAGAUAACAAUCAUUCUUCAAUUCUUCAACGAUUUUGACCAAAUUAUCAAAUUGUUUUAGAGGAAGUUCAUAUAUGUUGACCUUUCCUCUGUAUAAUAAAAAUUCUUUUCGUUUGUUUGUGGCUUUGUCCAUAUAAUUUCGUAUAGUAAUUUCACUACAAAUUGUUUAUUUUAUAAUUUCCUCGUGACUAAAAACAAUCAAUUAUAUUUUUUGUAAUAAUUUUUUUUGGCUUACAUUUCUAAGAUGCCAAGCAUAGGCAAAAAACAUAUUGAACUAGCUUACAAGUGGAUACCAUCUGCUAUAACAUAUGGAUCUGGAGCAAGUUUGACAUUACUGUAUUUCACAGAUUGGAAGUUAAUAUUGCAAUAUGUACCGUAUUAUGGAAAAAAGUUUCAAGAAUGAGUUUCAAAUAAUGCUACGUAGCUUAUAUCAUUGAUCCGUAAACUUUUAUAGCUUUAAACUUAUGUAGUGUAUGAACUAUAUUUUAAAAUUAUAUGUGUUUUUUUAAUAAAAAACGAUCCUUUGUC